GCCUGCAUGGGGCCUCGGCGCCCGCCCGGCCUCGACCCCGCCCCCGGAUAUGGCCCCGCCCCCGGCCCCGCCCCGCCCGCUCGCCCGGAGUUCUCCUGGGCUCUCUCCGUUGCCUGCCCCACCUGCUCUCUCCGCUUCGGUGAGUUCUCGCUCGCUCGUUCUGCGCAGUGGUUUCUCAGGAAAGAGGAACCGCUCGCUGAGAGUUGGAGGUGAAGAGGAUCUUAAAGGAACUAACCCAGUCCUUUCGGAUGAAGAUAUGGAAAACCAUGGAGAGAAAGAGACUGGCCCAGGGUCACAAGAUAGUGACACUGUUGGCGCAAACACUUUCCACCAAAACAAUUGUGGGGAAAAGACAAGGGCUCCCCCUUGCUUCCGUCAGUGGAAAACACGCCGCUGAGAGGGCAGUUGACUUGUGAGGGAUUUCAAAGAGAGGAGAUGAGGAGGAGGAAGGGGCCGUGGGAGCUGUUUCUCGCGCAUAUGGACACGCUCACACACUCACAUACACGCAGUCACGCAUUCUCACACUCUCACACGCACACCCAUGUUCUCUGUCGUCCCAGUUCCCGCCUUCAGUGCUCUCUGGAGGGGCUGCCCUGGGUUCUGGCUGUAGCCCUCCUCUCUGGCUGCUUCAUCCCUUCUCUCCCUCCCAGAGCCCAACUGCUGUCAUUUUGUGCCCUGCCAAGGAGGAGGGAACUACAGUGACAGCAGGAGUGAGAGGCAGGACAGAGUUGUGGGGCACAGAGAGGUAUGGAGAGGGAGAUGCCACAGGACCAGGUGACACUGAGUCCCAGAGAGGGCUGAGGAGCGGGGUGAGGGAUGGUGAGAGUCUGGGGAAGAGGAGGGCAAACCGAAAGGAGCAGAAAGAGGAGGACUUGCAGGUCACAGAGCCACUCAGCCAUGCUGGGAGCAAAGCAGCACUGGCCGCCAGGUCCCUCCUUCAGCCCCGGGCUGCCCUUGGCCCUAGUGCUUCUGGCCUUGGGAGCUGGGUGGGCCCAGGAGGGGGCAGAGCCUGUCCUCUUGGAGGGCGAGUGCCUGGUGGUCUGUGAACCCAGCAGAGCUGCCGCAGGGGGGGCUGGGGGAGCAGCCCUGGGAGAGGCGCCCCCCGGAAGAGUGGCAUUUGCUGCAGUCCGAAGCCACCACCAUGAGCCAGCAGGCGAGAUCAGCAAUGGCACCAGUGGGGCCAUCUACUUCGACCAGGUCCUAGUAAACGAGGGCGGUGGCUUUGACCGGGCCUCAGGCUCCUUCGUGGCCCCUGUCCGAGGCGUCUACAGCUUCCGGUUCCAUGUGGUGAAGGUGUACAACCGCCAAACCGUCCAGGUGAGCCUGAUGCUGAACACAUGGCCUGUCAUCUCAGCCUUUGCCAACGACCCUGACGUGACCCGAGAGGCAGCCACCAGCUCUGUGCUACUGCCCCUGGACCCCGGGGACCGGGUGUCCCUGCGCCUGCGUCGGGGGAACCUGCUGGGUGGCUGGAAAUAUUCAAGUUUUUCUGGCUUCCUCAUUUUCCCACUCUGAGGGCUCAAGCCUUUCAAGGAUGGGAAUCUAGCCCCUGCCCUCUGCCCUCUGCCCUCUUCUACCCAGAAGCAGCAUCUUUGGGGCAGGAGAGAGGCUGCCUCUGGCUGUCUGUGUUCCACUUCCUUGCAUGGGACCCUGUGCCGAACACCCAAGGUGAAGAGCAGAGCUGUGGUGUCUCAGGACCUGGCCCCUCUUCCCCUCCCCAUUGCCCUCCCAGCCUCCCACUGCAUCUCUGUGCCUGCAGCCCUAGUCAGGACAGCACUUGACAGGUAGGGAGGCCUGUGCUACUUUGCAGACUCUGCUCCUGUCCCGCCCCCCUGCCCCCAGCUUCCUGCUCAGUGCUAUUUAGGGACAGGUGGCACAGGUGAGCCUGACAGGCCCCCACAGGGGCCCAGAUGGACCAGCCUGAGAGUACCCUGCAGGCUCCUUCCUGUGAGGAGUGCCAGCAUCACAGAUCUCAGUCAGCACAGUCAGAAGCUGAGCCAGCGCCUCAUGGUCUAGGGCGGGAGGCUCAGCCACCAGCAGAAGUGUGGGGAGGGCCAUGGAGCAGCCCGGUGCCUGUGGCUGGUAGGGCAGCAAGGCGGCAUGCGCCCAGCCUGCACAUGGUACUCAUAUUUUAUGUACAUUAGGGCAGCCAGCAAGCAGCAAACCCAGGCGUCCAUCUGUGCCAGGUCCCAGAUGGACUGUGGCCCUCACCUCCCCACCUGAGACAUGGAGUGUGUAUGUUUGCUCUGCCACAGAGCUGGUGGCUGCCUCCUGGGUCACGUCAGGUGUGCAGAGCUUCCUUGGGCAGCUGGAGGUGGGGGUAGAAGGUCAUAUGUGGGCAAGUGUAGAUAUCCAGGCUUGAAACAUAUCAAUGACCAUGGCCACCUCCUAGAACUGCUCCACCUCUGUAGUCUCAACUUCCAUCACUCCACGCUCUGACUGCCACCUCCUUCCUCCCAGCUCUCUCGGUUACCUUUAUUGUACCUUUUCCAGACUAUCCCAUAACCUCUCUUCUUUCUCCUGAUUUGUGCUGUCUUAUCCUCCUUCUUAAAAGUCUCAUUACCUUGGAUUCCACGAUUCAUCCCUUCACCUACUCUCCUUCCAGUAUUAUAAAUUCUCUGUCUUAUCUCGCUGUCCCAUUGGCCCAGCAUGGAUGAAUCCAUCAAUAAAGUAAUUAGAGAAGGAUGGUCGAUGAGACACUCUAGGAUCUUUAAAGAGAGAAGAUGCUGUUACAAUUUGGAUCAGGAGUUAUAGAAUAUAAGCAGGUAUGUUGUAGAGAAAAUAAAUCUAAAACUGUAUAUUAGAGUCAAAUAAAAAAAGGAUUUGGUAAUGCUUGAGUUAAAUAGGAAAUACCAAUGUGAAUUUGUGGUUUUCAAAAGAAACAACUUUUUCAAACUUAGAAACAACAUCAGGAAAAAUCUGAUAUGCAUUCUUAGCACCUGGAUCUUUGCCUCAAAUAUUAUUCACCUUUAAAGGGACUCAGAGUUCCUUGGAGAAUAGCUCUGUGUCUUAAAUAACUCUAGGCCUGGAACAUAUUGAUGACCAAAAAGAAGGAUACUUUUGUCAAUGUAUAGAGUAGAACUGAAAAGGCAAAAAAAAAAAACAAUUUUAAAAGGCUCUCUGUUGACAUUCUGUGACAAUUUGAUAAUCAAAAGGAAAAUAAUACUGCUAAUUGGAACAAGGUGAAUUUUUAAAAUCCAUGACUCUGUAGUAAUAUUCAAGAAGCAAAAAGUUACUAUAAAAUGUGCAAAAGGUAACCAAUACACUGUGUGAAGAAGAAUGAAUAUAAUAGGAUAUUUUUAGUUAAUUGUGAUAAGUAGAAGAGUAUAUAGUAUUUUAUCUAUUCAUAAGGUACAUUUAUUUUUAUCUAUGUAAGUAGGGAGGGGUGGAUACAGUAAGCUGUGAGUAAUUCCAGAGAAAGUUGGAACUGUACCAGGAGUGAAAGAGACUGAUUGGCACCAUCUGGUCAUGUAUUACAACUAGGAAGAAAAAAAGUCCAACAGUGUGUUUGUUACAAGAUGAGGAAUUGGUCAAACAUCCAAAAGAUAACUGCUCACUGUUCAAACUUGAUCCUUCAUCUCUUGGGAAAGGGAGCCUCUAUAUUACCCUACUAAUUAUAAUGAGAUUACAGUAACAGUGAAACCCAAAAUAAUAAUGGCUUAAACAAGACAGAAGAUUAUUUCUGCCUCACAUAGAAAAAUCUGCAAAUAGAGUCCAGGGAUGGAUGGCAGUUUUAUGAUCAACACAGCCCAUCAUUUAGCAUGUCACCUCCUGGCGCAAGAUGGCUCCUUGAGCUCCGGCCAUAACAUCAGCCUUAUAGCCCCCAGGAAGGAGGAAGGAAGAAAAGGCACACUCCUUUAAAGACGCUUUCUGAAAGGUGCACCUGACGUUUCUGAUUGCAUUUAGU